UUUCAGACUCAAUGGCACUUCGCUUCGACGGAAAGGUGGCUAUAGUGACCGGUGCCGGUGGUGGUCUGGGCCGAACCUAUGCUUUAGAACUUGCCAAACGAGGAUGCAAAGUCGUAGUCAAUGAUCUCGGAGGUGAUGCACAUGGAACCUCAGCUUCUACCUCAAUGGCUGAUAAGGUCGUAAACGAAAUCAAAUCUGCUGGAGGGCAGGCCGUGGCCAACUAUGACAGUGUCGAAUUUGGCGAAAAGAUUGUGAAAACCGCUAUUGAUGCAUUUGGACGAAUUGACAUCGUCAUCAACAAUGCUGGAAUCCUCCGUGAUGUAUCACUUGUCAAAAUGACUGAUCUCGAUUGGGACUUGAUCUUCAAAGUCCAUGUAAAAGGAGCCUACUCUGUAACAAAGGCUGCAUGGCCUUAUAUGAGAAAACAGAACUACGGUAGAAUCCUUGUCACAUCAUCCAAUGCUGGUAUCUACGGAAACUUUGGUCAGACUAACUAUGCAGCAGCUAAAUCUGCUCUCGUUGGAUUUUCCAACUCUCUGGCUCAGGAAGGAGCAAAAUAUAAUAUCGUGGCCAAUGCGCUAAUCCCAACUGCUGGAUCUCGUCUAACACAGACUGUUCUUCCAGAGUCCCUCAUCGAAGCCUUGAAGCCUGAGUAUGUGACUCCGUUGGCUGUAUACCUGUGUCACGAGUCGUUCAAAGAGAGUGGCAAAGUUUUUGAAGCUGGAGCAGGAUGGUAUGGAACAUUAAAAUACUACCGGUCUAAUGGCAAGGUUAUUCCUCAUGCAACUGCAGAAGACCUACGAGAUAACUGGAGUAAGAUCACAGACAUGAAAGAUGCUCAGCACUUUGAAAAUAUGAAAGAUCUCAUGGCCGAGCUUAUGGGCGCAAUGUCCGAGGUCGACAGCAAAAAAACAGAAACUAAGACUGAUUCAACAACAGCAACUGGUGAUUUUCCUUCACAUAUCAAAUGCUCACCACUAUUCAAAGAAAUGAAUGACGGAGUCAAAGAAGAUCCCGCCUCUGUAAAGAAUGUCAAAGCCAUUAUUCUCUAUAUUCUAACUGAUGGAACUAAAGAACUUGGAAAAUUCACUCUCGACUUCAAGAGCGCAUCUCCAUCUGUCUACUAUGGUGACGUGAAGAAUGGAGAGAAAGCCACUGUCACCGUAACCGUAGCCGACAAUGAUUUUUUGGAGAUUGCUAGCGGAAAACUGAAUCCACAAAAAGCCUUCAUGAGCGGAAAGCUGAAGGUAAAGGGCAAUGUGAUGCUGCUCCAGAAACUCCAGGCAAUUCUAGACAAGAAGAGAAAGGCGAAGCUUUGAUAUGCCAUUACCUCAGACAAUUGUUUCUUUAUAAAAUGAGCAAAUACUAAUAAUAAAGCAGCAGCUCAU